AUGGUAGGGUUUCUCGACAACUCGUUAGGAGGCCUCCUAGGAGGAACAUGGGCCAAUUCCUAUCUUUUCAUGGUUGAGAUAAUCAUGGCCUUCCGUUACUUCUCUCGUUUUCGAGAGGAUCCCCUCUGGCUGAAAUUUGUCGUCUGCAUGACACUUGCCGUCGACCUGACGUCGACAAUUAACCAUUAUGCCUGUGCCUACAUGUAUACAGUUAUUCAUUGGGGCGACCGCGAUUUCCUCCAAAACCAAAAUUGGACUUUCCCAGUAUACCUCGUGACAACUGGGGCUUCCGCGGUCAUCGUACAACAGUUCUUGAUCUAUCGAUUUUGGACGCUGACAAACGGUCGCAUUGUAACGGCUUACCUGGCGCUUGCAAGUCUCGCCGCGUUUGGCGGGGCAAUCGCAACCGCAGUGAUUGUGGUUCAGCAUUCUACGUUUGGAGAGAGAGGCGCGGUCAGAAUACCUGUGACUAUCUGGCUCAUUGCAAGCGCCGUUGCGGAUAUCUCCAUCGCGGCAACACUCAUAUUCGUCCUCCAAAAAUACAAGACACCUUUCCGAAAGACGCAGAGUCUUAUCAAGCAAUUGACAACGCUCGCCAUUCAGACUGGCUCUCCUGGCUCCAUUCUCGCAGCAAUAGCCCUCAUAGUUUAUCUCAAAGACCCCGACGGAAACAUUUCUGUCGGCAUCGGAUUCACUUUAGGCCGUGUCUACGCCAUCACGUUGCUCAACAAUUUAAUAUCUCGAGAAAAAAUCCGAAGAAUAGGAGCCCAAUCCGCGAAUGGAUUUACAGAUCUGCACAUAAGCGGUAUCUGCAACGCGAGUGUACCGGGGAAUGCAUCCCGAAAUGAAACUGGCAUACACGUUCGUUGCACUGCUGAAAUUCACGUUGACGAGGAAAGAUCUUCGGAUACAGCGGCACUUUCUCCCACUGUAAAUGAAAAUCAUGAAGACCGAGAAGAGGUCACCAAGAGCAGGAAGUCGUCCCAGGAUGACACUCAAAGUUGCAAGAAAUUGGACAUAACUUCUAUGGUGUGA